GCCUAUAGAAGUGACUGACUUGUGAUUCCACUCGCUUCAGACCACUCACGGGCUGGCCUCACACUGUGAUUAUCAGAGACGCAAGUGCGCCCCCGUCUUUCUGCGCUGUCCCAUUGUUGCAUCAAAGAGCAGCCCCAAUCAACAGGACAGGACGCUACGCAGAGAAAACUCUGCCACAAGGACAAGGACGCAAACGUCUUCUAGUUGCCAAUACUUCUUGGGAUUGUAACCGUGCACGCCAUGGCGGACGAGGCUUCAGCAUCUGCCACUCAGGCCAAGCUGGCCGCUCUCGCCAGCAGGAACUCCACUGCUCUCAGGCGUCGAGCUGCUGCCAAGGAUGCCGCAUCCAAGCCCAACUCUGCUCGGGCUGCUGGAGCUGGUGGAAGCUCAAACACGAUGAUGAGGUUGUAUACAGACGAUUCCAAGGGCCUUAGCGUUGAUCCCGUCGUUGUCCUCGUCUUGGCGGUUGGCUUUGUCUUCAGCGUCGUCGUGCUGCACGUCGGAUCGCGCAUCGCCCGUGCGUUCGUGAAGUAGUAGGAAUGUGAGACGGGGCCACAAUGCAUGAAGUCGGACGAUUCAGCCGAGGCGGGGACAUUUUUGAACUCGG